AUGGGCUGUGCGAGCUCGAAGCACCACCGUAAGAAAUGCAUCCAUUGCCGGAGAGGAUAUUCUCCGGUAGACAUUCAUAGAAGCAAAUCUAUGCGCCACCCAUCACAACGCUCCGAAGGUAGUCCCCACAUGGUCGAUCUCAGCUCCUCCAGCUUCAGAUCUCUCAAGCUCUGCGACUUCAGCGGGAAGCUUGUCGCCGACGAAACUGUAGACGAGUUUAGUCCUAAGGAAAUUACAAAGAAGCCAGAGAAGGAGAGAACGAGUUUGGAAAUGCAGGCUAAGCUCAUGGAAGCUAAAGUAUGGUCAAGUAUGAUGAGUGAGAAGAUCCCCAAGAUUGUGCCCAAGACUCCUAUCUUGACGCCUCCUGGAGAGCCGGAGACGAUCAAUACUUGGGAGAUGAUGGAUGGGCUUGAAGAUGUGAGUAGCCCUAUUCGUUCACCAAAUCAUGUUAGGAGCUUCUCCUUUGGAGUUGCUCCCGGUGGUGGUGGUGGUUGUGGUGAUAGUGAACGUCUUAAUUCGAAUGGUAAUGAUCUUAAGCCAUUGUGGCUUCAGAUGGAGGAAGAAGGGGUUGAAGAUUUUGAUCCUGAGAUCAUUUCUUCAUUCAGGAAGUCUCUUCAAGACCUCCCUUCUGAUCAUCCUUUUCACAUUUCGGUUCAUGAUUUGAAACUGAAUCCACAGUUUGAGGUUUCUGAUGAAGAAGAGGAGGAAGCUUUAGGUGAAACUAUUGGUAAAGUGAAGGUGAUACUUUACUUCACAAGCCUUAGAGGUAUAAGGAAGACUUAUGAAGAAAGCUGUGAAGUCAGAAUUUUACUAAAAAGCCUUGGAAUUAGAGUGGACGAGCGAGAUGUAUCGAUGCAUUCGGGUUUUAAAGAAGAGAUGAAGGAGCUGCUAGGUGAUAAAUUCAACAAUGGUGUUGGGAUCACAUUGCCUAGAGUUUUCUUGGGGAGGAAGUAUAUUGGUGGAGCUGAGGAGAUUCGGAAGUUGAAUGAAGAUGGGAAGCUUGAGAAGCUUCUACAAGGCUGUGAGAGAGUGAAAGAAAACAAAGAUGGUAAUGGGUUAGAAUGUGAGGCUUGUGGAGAUGUGAGGUUUGUGCCUUGUGAGACGUGUUCAGGGAGCUGCAAAGUGUACUAUGAAGAUGAAGAUGAUGAAGAAGAUGAUGAUGAAGAUGAUGGGAGUGUAAAGGAAGGAAAAGAGUAUGGGUUUCAGACAUGUCCUGAUUGUAAUGAGAAUGGACUCAUUAGAUGUCCUCUUUGUUGUGUUUGA